AUGCUGGGCCCUGAGCCGGCAAAGGGCAUGAACGAAGUCCGCUUCAAUCUUGCUCUCCCAUUCUCUACCCAGCUGUUCCCCAAGACGGACCCGGCCGUCGACGGCGAUGACUUCGACCACGACUGCGAGAGCUGCCAUUCAAAGUACUCCAAGGGCUUCAACAGUGACGAAACGGACGAGCUGAAGAGGGCCAAGGACCAAGAGAAGGGCUUCGUUUCUACGCCGGAGAAUGAUCCCAAGAAAGAAGCUGUGCGAUCCUUCAUCAUGGCUUGUUACUUCUGCGUACCCUCUGAGCCCCAAGUUCAAGACACUGCAGAGCCUGGUAUAUAG